AUGUCCAAGCUUCUGGUUGUCUUCGGUGCGACCGGCCAGCAGGGCGGUUCCGUCAUCGACUAUGUCCUCAACGACCCAACGCUUUCAAAGGAAUAUUCAUUGCGAGCAAUCACUCGCGAUACAUCCCGCCCAGCUGCACAAGCUCUUCAAAAGCGAGGGGUGGAAGUUGCUUCUGGAGACGUCGAUGAUCUCAAAUCGCUACCCGCCGCCUUAGAAAACGCCCACACCGUCUUCAUUGUGACCACCACAGUCUACGACGAACAUCUGAAGGCGCGUGAAUUCCGGCAAGGGAAAGCCAUCGCCGAUACAGCUGUUGCGGCCGGAGCUCAGUACCUGAUCUUCAGCACAUGCGUAGGCUGCGAGCGGCUCUGGGGCCAUGUCGUCGAGGCGUUAGACUCCAAAGCUGACGUCGAAGCGUAUAUCCGGACUCUUCCGGUGCCAAGCGCCUUUUUCGCACCCGCGAUGUUCAUGCAGAACUUCCUUACCAACCAAGCUCCCCGGCCAAUUCCCGGACAGGAGGGGAGCUACGCCAUUGCCAACUUCAUCUCGCCAGAUGCCAAAUUUCCUCUCAUUGAGACGGUGGAGGAUACGGGAAAGUAUGUGGCUCCGAUCCUUGCGGCGCCUGAUCAAUUCGCUGGUCAGACGAUGUUUGCUGCAACAGGUUUCUAUUCUUACAAGGAAACUGCGGAGAUAAUUACCCGUAUCACUGGGAAGAAUACUGUCUAUGCUCAGCUGCCCCAGGAGCAGUGGACUAGUUACCUGCCGGCUGGGUAUCAAGUCCCAAUGACUGCCAUGAUGUGCUGGAUCGAGAAGCCGGGAUACUACGGGCCGCAGACGCAGGAGUGUGUUGACUGGACGGUGAAGCAGGUACCGGAGAAAUUGACGACCUUCGAGGAAUUUGUAGAGAGGCAUGCGAAAGAGAUGUUUCCACAGUAG